AUGCAAAAUAAUAUUGGUCGAUUUGAUGAACUAACUAAAUUUUUUAAUAUUACUAAUGGUUUAUUUCGUCAAACGGCACUUACACUCGGUUUGAGUACAUAUCAUUUAACUUCUCUAUUACGUCUACCUGAAAUAAGUAUUGGUUUUAAUAUGCAUAUAGAUCAACGAAGUUUAGAAAAAGUUAAAAUAGAUAUAUUGAAAAAUAUAACAUUCUAUAGUUUAAUCGGUGGAAAUCAAGCAAGCAUAGUACUAAAUAAUGUUCAACAAGAAAAUAUACCUAUGUGUAUUAUUAAAUUUCAUACAUCUAAUAAAAACUUAAUGUUUAGUGUCAAUCAUUGGUGGACACCAUCUCUGACAACAACAAUUCGUUUUGAAACAAUACCACAACAACGAUUUUGGUCAUAUGUAGAGUAUCGACGUCCUAAUGAAACAUAUGAAUUGAUUGGUGAAUAUGGAACAGGACAUAUAUCGAGUAUUCAAUUUAGUUAUUUAUCAUGUCUAUGUCAACGAGUUAAUUAUCAAAUCGAUGGUGGUAUUAAUGUUAGAAUAACUUCUCAAGAAAAACUAGCCGAUAUUGGUCUUCGUCUGAAGCGUUCUUCAGACUCAAUUAUAUUUAAGUGUAACUUAUAUGAUCCAUUGGAACACUAUUUAAUUGGUAUUCAACGUUGUAUUAAUACUAAUUUUACCAUAGGUUUUCUUGCUGAAAAAAAGAGAAAUUAUCAUGUACAACAACCGAUUAAAUUUAGUUUGAUGUCUCAGUGGCAUCUAAAUAAAAUAGGUUUACGAGUGAACACUUUAGUUAACACUCAACACGAAUUAGGUCUUGCUUUAACACAUCAAAUUCGUUAUUUUCCAUUUGUUUUACAAACAUUCGGUUUAUAUUCCUGGUCUAUGCAUAAAUUCAAAUGGGGUGUUGGAUUACAAGUACUUCUUUGA